UUACUGCUUGAGAUGCGGUCCUGACGAUCGUUCAGUAAGAAUGUUCCGAUUGUUGUGUAAAUAUUUAGGACUUGUUUUAUUUGUGGUUGGGAUAAUAAUUAUAAUAAGGACAGUUACUUUCUCUGUUCGUACUGACGCGGUGAGGAGUUGUCGUCUUAAUGACGAUGAUUAUAUCCAGGCUACUGAAGAAGUGAUAGAACGGUUUCAGAAGGCUUUAAGGUUUCGCACCAUUUCUACAAACCUGCAUCAGUAUGAUACUGAGGAACUUCAAAAGAUGGUGGACUUUGUUCAUAAAGCUUUUCCUGUGGUCCAUUCCUCUCCACUGGUGACCCAUGACGUAGUGAAUAAUUACAGUCUUCUGUAUAAGGUACAGGGUUCGAAUCCAGAGCUACGACCAUACAUGGUGUGUGCACAUUUAGAUGUAGUGCCCGUGGAUGAAAAAGCCUGGGAUGAAGAUCCGUUUGGAGCUAAUAUAAAAGAUGGAUUUAUUUAUGCUCGUGGAACGAUUGAUGUUAAACACAUUUUGAUGGGUGUGCUUGAAGCAACAGAAUUUUUACUAAAAUCUGGCCACAAACCCAAAAGAAGUUUUUAUCUGGCAUUCGGACACGAUGAAGAGGUAACAGGACUUGAUGGGGCUUCUAAAAUUAGCGAGUUUUUAUACAGCAGAGGGGUUCGAGAUCUGGAGUUUUUAAUUGACGAAGGAACAACCAUUCUCAACAACCUGUUCCCCGGAGUCAGUAUUCCAAUCGCCGUAGUAGGGACAUCAGAGAAAGGAUCGCUGAACGUUGAACUAUCUGUCACUGGAACUCCAGGUCACUCUUCAAUGCCUGCAGGGGAGACAACUAUUGCAACAUUAGCAAGGGCCAUAACUAGGUUGGAGGAAAAUCCCCACCCCAAUAUGUUUGGAACAGGACCAGAGAAAGACACGUUUACUCAUCUUGCUUCAUCUCUAUCCUUGCCUUUUCGAACAGUAAUUACAAAUUUGUGGCUGUUUGGUCCAGUCGUUUCCAGGCUGUUUUCAAGAAUUCCAUCUUUGAAUGCUAUAGUAAGGACUGUUACAUCUGUUACUAUGGUAAAUGGUGGUGUUAAGGUGAAUGUCUUACCACCGUCUGCCACGGCUCUAGUUAAUCACCGUAUACACCCGGCGCAGACAGUAGAAGAGGUACUAGCUUAUGACAGGAAAAUAAUUAAUGAUGAUAGAGUUAAGCUUCGAGUGGUCACCUCUAUGGAGCCCCACCCUAUGUCUCCCUAUGGGGAUGAGGAUUUCGGUUAUCAGACAAUAAAAAACAGCAUCAGACAAAUUUGGACCAAUGCUACAGUUGUACCAGGGGUCAUGAUUGGAAAUACCGACACUGUGCAUUAUAUUCGCUUUACCAAGAACAUUUACAGAUUUAGUCCUACCUUCAUGUAUCCAGAGGACCUCAAACGUUUUCAUGGAAACAAUGAAAGACUCUCCAUUAAUAAUUAUGAGCAGGUUAUUAAUUUCUAUUAUCAUUUACUUGUCAAUGCAGAUGAGGUGAAAUUGCCCUCCAUACAUAAACAUGGAGAAGAAUUGUAAAGUCUCUAGAUACUGCAUAAAUAUAAGGUCACACUUUAUGUGGACUCCUUCAUUUUGAUUAAAUAAAAAUAUGACUGAAGAGAGAAUUAUUAAUUUUUAAGAUAUUACCAUGUAAAUGUAUAUCCAUGGAAGAUGAGAAAUCUAUUUUGUGCACAAACUUUAUACUAUAAUUCCAUUUUUAAUAUUUAGCUCAGAAACCUAUUGCGAAUCAUUUUCUUCAAUGGAUGGAAAACGAAAACCUCAUUUUUAAUUCUGUUUUAUGAAAUUUAUUAAUUCAAGCUUAUAUUUGAUCACAUUGUUAUAAGAGGGAGUCCUAAUCAUUCUUGGAGGGAGUCCUUAGCUUACCAUUCUUAGUUCAGACAUAAAUGUUCUCAAAUGCUUAUAUUCCCAUAACCCUCUGUACAUUAGACCCUCAAAUGUUAUUCUGUUUAUCCCUCUUUACUCAUCCUAAAAAUAAAAUCUCGUGGCUUUAAAUUAAUAAGGAAUAUUACUAAGAGGUUAAUAUGAUAGAGUUGUCUAAAUAAAUAAUUUGAAAUAAAGUUUAAAAUUUGAAAGGUUUUGCCUAAAACGUGCGAAAUAAUACACAACAAAGAAAAUGUAACCUGCUAAGAUUUCACUCUGUAACUUAAGUUUAUUUGGCUAGUUCUGUUAAUCUGUGAAAUACUCAAGUAGACCCUUGAUCAGGACAAUUAGGUUACAAGUAGAAUUGAUUUUUAGCUGUAUAUUACUUAAAAUUGAUGUUUAUCUGUAGAUUUGUACGCUCCUGUGCAGUAUUAAGACUGUGUUUCUCCAUCCCCUGUAUGAUUGCAUAUCUCUAAAUUAUGAAUGUAUGCCACAUUAUUUCUGAAUGUUUCUGUAUUUGGUAGCCUUGUAUAUAUUGAUCUCAACUGUAAUGUGUAAAAGAUAAUGAAAGAAGUUGUUGACUGUGAUCUAGAUUGUGUUCGUGUAUUACACGCAAAACAAAACUAACUCCAUCAGCUAAUGCACUAAUCCUUAAAAUUCUUAAUGCACUCUGUAAAAUUCGACCUGGAGUAUUUGUUAUAUAACACGAUCUUCAAUUAUGACUUCUUACACUAUCCCGGUAAAUGUCAUUAUCUAGAAGGGGAAAGGAACUGUAGACUAUUACAAAAAUGUACAAUUGAUCGGAGAGAGAGAGAGAGAGAGAGAGAGAGAGAGAGAGAGAGAAUUUAAACAAUCAUGCAAUACAUUUUGGGACAGUGUUGUAUUAUAAUUUGCAUAUGGAAAGUCUUUAUACAUUGAUACAUACUUAUAUGUUUUGAUUUAAGCAGUUGAUUGAGAUCUAUAUUAUCUAAAAAGGUCUUGUUUGAAUGGCAAUAUAGUGAAUAAUGUGAAGUUGAUACAAAUGUCAACAAUAGGUUUUGCUGACCCUCUAUUCUAUUAAGAUAUUAAACCUGAUUUGACCACUGAGUUACAGUUGCGUUCUUGUUAUGGUUUUCUAUUCUUUUAGAAAUAAAUAAAGGAAAAACUCAA